AUGGAAGAAGAAAAAGAGAAAAUUUCGUUGCCCCUUGCAAGGACGUACCAAUCAUCAGAACCAACAAACAGCUACAAAGCCAUUGAUGGCAUCAAAUGCAACGACUACCAAGCUUGCACAUGCACACACACUGAGUCUGGUCCUCCACAUUGGUGGGCAGUUGAGUUUCCUCAGGCAAGCAUGGUGAAGGCUGUCUCCAUUGUUAAUAGAGGUGACUGCUGCUCGGAGCGCCUAAGGGAUUUCAACAUCAGAGUUGGGUUUUUGCUUGAAAACGGGGCAAACCCUUUUUGCAGAAGGAACGUCGGCAUACUCACGGCGAAAGAAGUCAUGUUUGAAUGCGAUGAAUUGGUUUUGGGCAAGUAUCUCUUUAUUGAAUCAAAUGUUUCAGACGAUUUGACAAUCUGUGAGCUGGAAGUGUAUGGAGAGUUGUUUUUUUAG